GCUUAAAUAAAAAUCCGGUCACAUAUGAUUGAGGAAUUAAAUUUAAUGAAUUUGGUUUAAUUGUUUUUCUUGAUUAAUUGUUGUUAAUUUGUGUUUAUAAUUAGAAUUUUUGGCUUUAUUUAUAUUAUGCUGAUUUCGAGGUUGUUCCUUCGCCGAUUUUCCAGUUCAUCUUGGACUGGAAAUGGUUUCUUUUCUAGAUGUAUCCCUACUAGUGAAUACUGUUCUCGCCAAGGAAAACUUGUUAACUUGAUUGGUGAUUAUGUUUCUAGAAGUGAAUUGUUUCCAACUAAACAAUCGUUAAUUGUGGUUAGUGGAGCAAUGAGACAGUAUACAGCUGAUACUAGAAUUCCAUCGAUUCAUUUUAAGCAAAACUCUGAUUUUCUUUACCUUACUGGAUUAAAUACCAAAGAAGCUGCUCACACGGUUUUAAUUAUUCUUGGUCCUGAUCAAUCGUCAUCAUCUUAUCAAUCUUACCUAUUUGUCCCCUUCUCUAAUCAAUUAGCCUUAAUCUGGGAAGGUGAAGGUUUAAUAGGAAGUUAUUAUAAACCUUAUCUAACCGAGGUUACUCAUUUCAUUGAAGAUAUUAACAAGUUACCAAAAUUUUUAUCAUCUCAUUUGGAUAAAAAUAUUUUCCUCUGUCGAGCUGGUCUUGAAUUAAUUCCUCCAACAAUUAGUGGACACAGAGACAAUCUAAUCUCAGAUAAACCUUCUAAUCCUCUUUCUGGUCAUAAAACUCAUCCUUUAUCACCUUUCAUUGAUCGACUUCGUUUAAUCAAAUCACCAAAUGAAAUAAAUGCCAUGAGGCGAACCUGUGCCAUAGGAGCUAAGGCAGUUGAUUCAACUCGAUUAUGGACACAAGAACAAUUAAAAUACAAUCAAAAUGUCUACGGAAUAGAUGGAGUUAAUGAGAAUCAAAUCGCUGCCAAAUUUGAAUUUGAAGCUCGUUCUGCCGGAGCAGUUAAACCUUCUUAUCCUCCCGUUGUCGCCGGUGCCGACAGAACGACAAUCAUUCACUAUGGAGCCAAUGAUAAGUUUGUACAAUCAAACGAAUGGAUCUUAAUGGAUGCUGGUUGUGAAGAUAUCGAAGGCUAUAUAAGUGAUAUAACAAGAUGUUGGCCGAUUAUUGGUGCUGAUUCUAGUUCAAAAUGCCGUUUAACCCAAGCACUUUACGAAGCCCUUACGGAAGUACAUCAACAGAUUGUUAAAUAUCUUGAAAAUCGAGCCUUGGAAACUUCAUUGAAUGAUCUCUAUCAUUUAAUGUGUCACUUAUUGGGUUCAGUUCUUGCUGAAUUUAAUCUAUGUAAAAGUGGUGAUCAAGCAGCUCUAUUAGCUGAUCACUUUUGUCCCCACCAUGUAUCUCAUUAUCUUGGCCUUGAUGUCCACGAUACGCCAACAAUUAACCGAGAUAUUAACCUAGAACCAGGAAUGUGUUUCACAAUUGAACCAGGUCUUUAUUUCCGCCAUGAUGAUCCCAAAAUUAAACCAGAAUUUUCAGGAAUCGGUCUACGAGUUGAAGAUAAUUUUAUUAUCAAUUCACAAGGAAAACCAGAAAAUUUAACCAAAAGUGUAUCACAAAUUUUUCCAACUUCCUAAAUCCAACAAUUAAUAUUCACAGAGUUUCAUUCAAACUGUAAAUUUAGCUCUUCUUAUGAUUGAUUAUUACGAAACAAACUGUUGAUGCAAUGUUUAAUCAUUAUAUUUACUAUCACAAUUUACCUUACAAUUAGCAAUUUGAUCAAGGUAAACAAUUGUGAUUCUGUUUUCUUUCAAUUUCUUAUGAUAUUGUUUUCACUUUGAUUGUUAACAUAUAUUAUUAAUUAUAAUUAUUUAUCUCGACGCUGAUGUAACCAGCAAAAUUGUUCAAAUAUCAACUUGAAUAAUAUCAAUUAUCAUAUGUUUAUAUUACCACAGGAUAUUGGUGAUGAUGGUGAUUAGGGAAUCAAAUUAAUUAAAUACUUGCCAAAAGUGAUAAUCAUCUCAUCAAAUUACCAACAGUAAUCAACCAAAUCAUCAACAAUCACCUCUUCAAGUGUUUACAUCAUCUUUACACUAAUGUUAUUAUUGUUACAACUCUUGAUCAUUAAUUUUACCAUUGAUGAUUUAUCUUCAUUGAGGAUAUCCUUGGAUUUUUUUUAUUCAUCAUUACAAAGAUACUAAAAACCGGAAGACCUUAAAUUUUAUAACAUUUCAUCAUCUCUGCAGUUAAUUGUAAAAAAAGAAAACUAAUCGGAACGAAAAAGCAAUCAAUAGGAAAAAGAUACCAAAAUUAAAGCAAUUAAGGAGCAAAAUAAGUUGAUAAAUUGAUGACAAUCAACUAAGAUUUACCUUGGGUGAUAAAUGUUAAUUAUAUUUAGAUAAUUGUUUCGUUUCAUUUGAUUGGUUCUCUGUUUUUUUAUUCAUGGAAACAAUGAAAUUCAAGUAUUGUUGUUAAUUACCUGUUGUUAUCUAAUGAUCAAAUUAUUGUGCUAAUCAAGAAACUGAGUAAUCAAAUAAUGUCAGUUACAUGAUA